GACUUCAAAGUUCAAAGGAAACGAUUUGUGUGAGUGCGAAUCGUACGAAGAAUUUAUAAUUUUUAUUUCGUGCGCCGAAUGUUCAAACAAUAUUGCUAUUUUAAUGAUGCCUUGACCAAAAUCAUCUAAAAAUGAGCAAAAUGUCGAAGAAUAAAUUAAAUUUGACCCUCCCACCGGGGUCUAUAGACACAGCCCCGGCAGUAACUCCGUCUAAUAUGACUCCCCAGCUGAAAUCUGCAACAGCUUCAGAGAGGCAAGGCCUUGCUGGGAAGUCAAAGACUAGUAUUGAAGCUUUGACUGAGAGAUUGGAGCAAAUAGAAAUGGAUGACACUCAAAGGAGAAGAAUAGAAGUAUUUCUAUGUCAGAAAGAAAAAAUCGGAGAGCUAAGUGAUGAUGACUUUGAGAAACUUGGUGAACUGGGACAAGGAAAUGGUGGUGUGGUAAUGAAAGUACGUCACAAAUCAACUGGGCUUAUCAUGGCUCGGAAGCUCAUACAUCUAGAAGUAAAGCCAGCCAUUAAAAAGCAAAUUAUAAGAGAGCUGAAAGUUUUGCAUGAGUGUAAUUUUGCACAUAUUGUGGGUUUUUAUGGAGCAUUCUAUAGUGAUGGUGAAAUUUCUAUUUGCAUGGAAUAUAUGGAUGGUGGAUCACUGGACUUAAUUUUGAAGAAGGCUGGUAGGAUUCCUGAAUCCGUAUUAGGAACAAUAACAUCAGCAGUUCUCAAAGGUCUGAGUUAUUUGCGAGACAAACAUGCAAUUAUGCACAGAGAUGUGAAGCCAUCCAAUAUUUUGGUGAACAGUAAUGGUGAGAUCAAGAUCUGCGACUUUGGUGUCUCUGGGCAGCUUAUUGAUUCUAUGGCCAACUCCUUUGUUGGCACCAGGAGUUAUAUGUCGCCUGAACGUCUUCAAGGCACACAUUAUUCGGUUCAAUCAGACAUCUGGUCCCUGGGACUGUCCCUUGUGGAGAUGGCAAUAGGCAUGUACCCCAUACCCCCGCCUGAUGCUAAAACUCUGGCUGCCAUAUUUGGAGGACAGAAUGAAGAUCAUUCACCUGGACAGGCACCUAAUUCCCCCAGACCAAUGGCUAUAUUUGAACUCCUAGACUAUAUAGUAAAUGAGCCGCCACCCAAAUUGCCCACUGGAGUGUUUUCUGAUGAGUUCACGGACUUUGUAGACCGCUGUCUCAAGAAGAAUCCUGAUGAGCGCGCUGACCUUAAGACGCUUAUGAAUCACGGCUGGAUCCGUUCGGCAGACGCGGAACGCGUGGAUAUUGCGGGAUGGGUCUGCAAGACCAUGGAUCUGAUGCCCUCCACGCCCAAUUCCAAUGUGUCUCCUUUUUCUUCAUAAGCUGCAAGAAGUGCAUACUUUCAUCAGCGAAAAAGGGUCAAAACAUUUCCCAAGAGAAAGCGGGCGAGACAAUCAGUGAGGACGAAGAUGCAGAGUAGCCCCCAACAGGCCGCAGUAUGUCAACUCUAGACAACCAUUACUGAUCCAAACAAACCAAUCAACAGUCCACCGACCGAUCACGUAUAGAUUACUCCUGGGCACUAUUAUACGUUAUUUUGUAUACAAACGGAAUAAAUAAAAAAAUCUAUCGCAAUUCAAUAUUCGAACGUCCUUCGCAUGUAUACGAUAAUUCGUACGAAGCUUCAGGGAAAUAAGUACGUCCACGCCGUAUAGCGAUAUAUGGCGUUGUGAGUACAAUGGGCAACUUCAUUAGGGUGUGAUACUAAAACAGUGCAAUCGCGUAAAUAGUGGGGUUAUAAGCGAUAAUCAAACAUCUAAUCGAUUAAUGGUCAAGUAGAGUUGAUUUCACUAGUUGCAAGAAAUAAAAUUGUUAGUAGUGUUUUGACAUAUUUUUCUUUGCUGAAAGUGCGUAAUUCAUGUCAGCUGGUAAAUGUUUAAAAUAGGUGGCGCCACUCGCGUCACCGAGCGUUGGAAUACUCAAACGCCGUUGUGAACGACGGCGUGGGAGCGUUCCAAAACUCCAAUCAUGUAGUUAUUGUAAAACGCAUUUUUAUAGAAAAUACACUAAAAACAUAUAAACCAAAAAAAAAUAUAUUAACUUUGUAGCUAUUUUGACGUGAUGCACUUUUCCCGCGUUUGUUUUCGCUUUGUUUUAGUGAGCCCCGCCUUACCCAUAUUGCACCUAGUUUUUAGGCAACACGCUAUGUGUGAACGAGUGAGUGAACGAAUGGUUUGGUGACGUUUUGAAUCUCGUGUCUCCAAAUUUAAAUUACGAACGUAAUCAUUCUAAUUUUGAAAGAGAGGUUUUAAGUUAGUCUAUCACAAUUAUACAGUUUGAAAAUCGAAUCUUCAAUUCAGUGUUCUUUUGUUUUUAGUAAUUUAAUUUUGUCGCUUUUGAAGAUAACUGAUAGAAAUAAUAAUCUGUAAUAUAUGUCUGUUUCGUAAUUUUAAGCAAUUAGGAGACUAGAUUCAAAACGCGUCUUCCAUACACGCUGUUACACAGAGCACUUCCUAUACAUGCAUGUUUGCUUCGUCUAUUUUGCCCCUAUAUUUUGUGAUAUAUUUUUGGGGCCGAUUGUGAUUUCUUAAUAGGGAAUCUAUUAUUUGUUAAUUAUAGAUCGGGACCUUGGUUGAGCAUGUCGCCUGAUUGUAAGCGUCACGCUUUUCUUGCACUUUGUAUUGUUUUAUGUAGAUUAUCUGUGGUAUUUACCAUAGAUUAAACAUUUCUUAUAAGAUGUUUUAAGCUUACACACUAUACUAUGUUUGAAUUAUAUGAAAAAAACAAAAAAAAAACAAUUCGUUGGAUACUUGCGCGAAAGCAUUUAAAUAUACGUAAUAUCGCUGUCAUAUAAAUUGUAUUUUGUUAAAUUUGAAAUUAACUUUGAUGCCGUUUUUUAUACAUUUGGGUGUAUAUAUAAAUUUUAUUUGUAAAUAUCGCUUGUGAUAGACAUUUUAUUGCAUUUAUAGUAAUUUUAGGUUAUAUUACAGGGUCACACUCCAAGUGGUUAUAAUAUGAAAAUAACUUAAAAUUUAUGAAACACCGUUUUGAUUGAAGUGAUUUUUAAUGUUCCAAUAUGUAUAGUUAGUUAAGUAUCGAAAUUAUUAUUGCUAGAUUAUUUAUUGUGAUUACUAGGCAACAUCGAUAUAUCCUUAAUGUUUUGUAUUAUCAAUUGUAUCUAGAUGUAGAAUUUUCAGUAAGCUUCUUAUUAGGUUACGUGUACAAAUAAAUAAAAACGAAAACUC